AUGUAUCACAAACUCACCCUUCCUUUCCCUUACAAUAAAGUCCUUCGUUUCCUGGACGAUAACAUAAUAGAACAGGAGCGAGAAAAGAGAAAAAUGGAUCAUAUCCUGGUGCCGGGAGUCUCUGCCCUGCUUAUUGGCACAGCAAUUGUAUCUACAUAUAUCAAUUACGUUGUUCCAGAGCCAUACCUCGACGAAGUCUUCCAUAUCCCCCAAGCCCAGGCCUACUGCCGCAACGCCUUCAAGACUUGGGACCCAAAACUAACCACUCCGGCAGGCCUCUACUUAACCAUAUACCCACUCUCCUACGUCUCAAAAUGCACCCCUGCGCUCCUCCGUUCCGUAAACGCGUGGGGCAUCGCGGUCCUCAUCCCCAUAUUUGUCUACAAUAUCCUGGGUUACAUACACCCCCGCAAGCAGCGGUCGGAAGCCGUUCAUGAGGCUAUUAACGUCGCGUUGUUCCCACUCCUGUGGUUCUUUUCAGGAUUGUUUUACACAGAUGUUUAUUCCACGGUUUGGGUGCUUUGGAGUUAUCUUGCGUGGCUGAGGGGCUGCGUGGGUUGUAGUUCCAUCACGGCUUGGUGGGCGCUUUGGUUUCGGCAGACGAAUGUGUUGUGGACGGGGUUUUUUAUUGUGUUGGAGGUUGGGAGACGGAUUAAGGGCUUGCACGAAAAACUUGUGGAUGGUGAGGGGAAGGCGGCGACUGGAAAGACGGUAUUCCUCUAUCCACGACCACCCCGUCUCUCCCGACUAACUCACCACCCAGACUUCUUUUUCCGAACCCCCAUAACCCACCUAUUCUCCAUAAUCUCCAACGCCCCAACUGUAAUCUCCUCCACCUUCCCAUACCUCCUAGUCAUCCUUUCCUUUGCUAUCUUCAUCGUCUGGAACGACUUUUCCCUAGUUCUCGGCGAUAAAUCCGCCCACCAACCUACCCCCCACCUCCCACAAAUAUUCUAUUUCACCCUCUUCACCACCAUAACCUCCCUUCCACUCCUACUCUCCCCGAAUCUCCUCUAUCACUUUUACGACCAGAACAUCGGGAUAUACCCCACCACCCUUUCAUCCUCCUCUCGCUCCCGCAAAUCCCCCAAACUAACGAUCCCCUACACAAAACUCCUCCGCACAACCAUUCUACUCACCAUAAUCUUGGCAAUAAUUUGGAGAAACACAUACUUCCAUCCCUAUCUCCUCGCUGACAACCGGCACUACGUUUUCUAUAUCUUCCGUCGAACACUCCUUGCGCACCCUCUUAUCCGCUACCUUGCCGCGCCAGUAUACUUCGCAAGCACCUGGACAGUUCUGUACGCGCUCAAGUCCAGUCGCAGCGUGAGCGUGCUAUGGGUGUAUGCCUGGGCGAUGGCGGUUAUUGGCACAUUGGUGACGGCGGGAUUGGUAGAAUUCAGGUAUUUCGUGCUCGGGUGGGUGAUCUGGAGGGUUAACGUUCGCGUCGAGUCUGUGUGGAGGAGGUGGACCGAGACUGUCGGGUUUGUUUUCGUGAAUUUGGCGACGGUGUAUGUGUUUACCCAGUGGGGGUUCGAGUGGAAGCAGGAGAGGGGGGUUGUGCAGAGGUUUAUGUGGUAA